AUGCACUGGUAUCAGGCUCACAUUAGCACCCUGUUUAUACUUGAACAACCGAAGAAACAGGGCACACAAACCAGCGCAUCGAUCCACAUUUUCACAGGCUUCUCCUGGUCUCUAAGGAAGAGUAGAGCGUUGGCCAGGUUGACAGUAACCGGCCAUGUUCGACCCUCGACAGGGCAGCAUCGUACCACAUACCAUGCAUACGACAAGGUCGAAUACUCAGUUAUAUCAUCGACGUCCAGCGAGUGGCAUGUCAGCUCACAGCUGAUUGGAUCCGUCCAUUUUCCCGGCUUGAUCGUCACCAGCCUUAUCUCAUCCGCAUCACUCAAUUUAUGGUAG